UUUCGACGGUUAAAGAUCAGCGAGGGUGGUCAGAAAGGUAAAGCAGGUAAAUCUCCGAUGGCGAGUAACAACACGGCCAUAUGCAACAUCACCUGCCAGGUGGACACCAAAAUCGACCAGUUCUUCCACCCGACUCUCUACAUCAUCGUCAUCGUUCUGGGCCUGCCCACCAACUGCAUGGCAUUGUGGGCCGCGUACCUGCAGGUGCGUCAGAAGAACGAGCUGGGCGUCUACCUCAUCAACCUAUCGGUGGCCGACCUGCUGUACAUCGCCACACUGCCGCUCUGGAUCGACUACUUCCUGCACCACGACAACUGGGUCCACGGCCAGGAGUCCUGCAAGCUCUUCGGCUUCAUCUUCUACACCAACAUCUACGUGAGCAUCGCGUUCCUCUGCUGCAUCUCCGUCGACCGCUACCUGGCUGUGGCGCACCCGCUCCGCUUCGCCAAGGUGCGCCGCGUCAAGACGGCGGUGGCGGUCAGCGCCGUGGUGUGGGUCAUCGAGGUGGUGGCCAACUCGGCGCCGCUCUUCCACAACGAGCUCUUCCCCAACGAGCGCAACCACACGCUCUGCUUCGAGCGCUACCCCAUGCAGGAGUGGGUGGCGGGCAUGAACCUGUACCGCUCCUUCCUGGGCUUCCUGGCGCCGUGGCUGGUCAUGCUGGCGGGCUACCGGGGCAUCCUGCGCGCCGUGCGCACCAACGUGUCCACCGAGCGCGAGGAGAAGGCAAAGAUCAAGCGGCUGGCGCUGAGCCUGGUGCUGAUCGCGCUGCUGUGCUUCGCGCCGUACCACGUGCUGCUGCUGUGGCGGAGCGUGCUCUUCCUGCGCGCCCCUUGCAGCUGCGGUGGCGAGGAGAUGCUCUUCCCGUCCUACCACGCUGCGCUGGCCCUGACCAGCCUCAACUGCGUGGCCGACCCCAUCCUCUACUGCUUCGUCAACGAGGGCGCGCGCCACGACGUCGGCCGGGCGCUCACGCGACUCCUUGCCGCGCUCAGCUGCGGAUCGCCCGUGCCCUCGAUGCACAUCGAUGGACUCACCGGGGCCUCCGUCACCGUGGAGACACCCCUGGCCUCCAAAAAGACGGGCUUCUGCGGCGAGGUGAGGACGAGCUCCUACAAGGCCGAGCUGGAGGCCUUCAAAGACGAAUGCCUUCAGAUGACCAUUCUCAGUGUUAAGAAGUAAACAGGGGUCAGCGACAACGGAUGAUACACUCCACGAUGGACACUUGCUGCUCUGUGAUAUCGGGCACAUCAAGUUGACUUAUUUGUUUGGAGCAGGACAGACUAUCUUCCAUGUUUUUAAUACUGUGGAAGUCUUUUUUAGCCACAUGGCAGGACAUGAUCGAUUCUGUAUCUGUUAUGUCUGAUUACUGUAUUGUAUGCGCUGUAGGCAGUGUAACCGAAGGAUAGGAUUGCAAUUCUGUUUCUCUUGAAAGUUAAUUUAUUGUUUGUGUCUUCUGUAUGCGCAGCAGCCUUGGAUUGGCUGAGUUCCACAUCAAUCAGUGCAUAGCAGUUGGAGAGGACCCUUUCUCUCUCAGCUUCACUGGGUCUCUGGCCUGUUAAUUUAUAAUAUAGACUCCAAAUUGUUUGUCGUAUGAAAGUUACCCAAAGUGAAAAGGUUAUUGAAUGUCACUGUCUAUUUUGUUUGUUUUUUUUUUUUUGCACAUGUUUACAUUUCUCUGUCAGAACUCUCUGAAUGCCUUGCGUAUAAACCCAGUAAGUUGAAUGUCACUGUCGCCUCACCACAGGGUUGUAAUUUCAUGUAGCAUCGUUAUAACACAAGUAAAGAAAAUAAAGGACGUCAAAGUACACAGCUGAACACCUCAUAGAACACCUCCAUAACCAUCAGAACACCUCCAUAACAUGCCAGGAAGCUGUUGAAAGGGGAACAGAUGGGGUUCAAAAGUACUGUAUACCAGAUGACACACAGAAUCUAGACUCGGCCUCAACCCGAACACUCACUCAUGUUGUUGUGAGGUGAGGAUGUAGAAUGUGAAAACAAACUGAGCUCAUAAACGACAGGUGGAACAGAAGCACUAGUGAGUCAGCCUAACGAGGAACACUUUGAUGAAUCCUCUUGGUGCUUCUCUCUGAGCAGCACAAUCAGUGCAACCCGUUAUGGACACACUCACUGCAGAUUUCUUUCCCUCCCAAGGGCCAAGAGUGUGCAUCUUUGUGUGUGUGUGUGUGUGUGUGUGUGUGUCCUCUGGCUCUGGCCUCUGUAAUAUUAAUCUCCUCAGCGCGAGCAGCCAGGCAGUAAGCGUGUAUAUUCUGCUCGCCGCCGGAGCAGAAGGGUGAUCUUGAGAUGUCAGGAAGACAUAGCGUCUCGCCACGGACGGAAGAUGGAGGGAUGAAGAGGGAGAGAGGAAGAGAGAGAGAGGAAUGGAGGGAGAGAGGGAUAGUGGCUCCUCACUCAACCGUGCUCUCUGUGGUUCUCUGAGUCACCUGAUCCGGCUAGCUACUAAAAGGCCUAUUUAUAGACUCUCCUCUGCAAACGCUGGCCGUUAGCCUCACCUGCCUGUCCAGACAAAUGCCCACCCCACCUCCACCCCCACUCUCUCCCCACACACGCACAGGCACACACACACAGCCUGCCAGAAGUUGAGGUCAUCAGCCCCCCCCACUGUCCAGGUUCUCCACCCGUGCUGCCCACACUCCCCCAACACCCACUUCCUCCUCAGAAAGGGCUAGUGCCAGCGGAGGCGGCUGGCCGCCCGACACAAUGCCCGGUUAGCCCACGCCAACCUCGCCCUCUCGUCCCACCGCCCAGUGUUUUUGCCCGCUGACGCAGAACCAAUUAAGGUCACCUCGCCAGCCCUGGCCACAAUGAGAGCUUAUCUGGCCAGCUGCAGGUCCUCUGCGUGCGGUCCGCCGCUGCUGCCGCCGCUCUGAUCUGUGCUGCCGGAUGCCGCCAGCCGCUGCUCCGAGGCGCUGAGGGAGCUGCGAAGGAGAGAUGCCCGAGGGGCCGUCUGAGCGCUCAGUGUCUCAGUGACCUAUUUCUGAGCCACCAGAGGUACUGGGAGAGCCAUGUUAGAGCCAGACGUUAACUGAGAUUAAAUGAGAUAAGGAAGGAGAAAGUAGCCAAUCUCUCCAUCUCUUUAUUUUACCCUUGCCCCCCCUCUCUCUACUCUGUCUUUCUUUUGUUCACUAUCUCCAUCUUUAUUCUCUCUGCCUCUUCCCCAGUCUCUCUCUACCUCUUUUCCAUUCUUUCCCUGUCCCUGUUUAGUUCCAUCUUUCACUUGUUCCCAUGACUGACAGGCAAGUAGGGUGCCUCCGGUGCCUUGAUCUUUCUCUCAGGUGACCGUACAGUGUUAAGAAAUGAACAGGAGAAACUGUCAAAAUGACCCCCAUGAAAGAUAUCUCAGCAAACAUUAUGCAGAUAACAAUGAGUUAUCCUGUGUAAAGUAGAUGGCUUGUUAUGAUCCUCUCUGUGGCAGACCCACCCAAUUUUUGUUCAGUCUGUCAGAUCUCUGUGUGAGCUCCAGAUUCAAAUGCCAGACACCAUCUCCACAGUCAUGUGUCAGCGAUCUGGAGGGAACAUGCAUGCACACACACACACAGACACACACACACACAGACACAGACACAGACACACAGACACAGACACAGACACACACACAUCCAUAUCCAUAUCUACUCACACACUCAUACGCAUCU